AUGUCUCGGCGAAAGACACCUUGCAUUGAAUGUAGAACACGAAGACGCAAAUGUGUUUGGCACUUGAAUCUAUCCUCAUGCCUCCGCUGUUCACAACGUGGGAUCGAGUGCAUACAAGUAGACGAAGACAACAGCAAUGAUAGCGAUACUCGAGGUGGCGAGCAACAAUUGGAGCAAUGGAAAGAUCAUGUGGAUACGAUGGAAACGCAGUUGCAGCAAUUGGAGACUAGCAUGAGUCAAUUGAUACGAGCCAAAACCACUCCCAAAGAGGAACCAACAUGGCAUCUCAGUAUUCAUCAAGGCGUUCUUCAGCUCGAUUCACGUAUCGAAAGUGUGGAAGAAGCACAACAAUUCAAUCAAGCGUUUUUCAGAUACUUGUCACCCUUUUGCUCUCUUUUCGAACGAGGACCUAUUCUCUUUGAAAGCGCCACAUCACAUAUCCUCAUCAAGUCAAUGAUGCUGAUCACCAACUUUGAUAUGCCACAACAACCAUCAUACUCGAUUCAAAAGAUGCUUGCACAUACAGGAGGAUGCGACACCAUCGAUUGGCAUUCAAUGGUUCAUCAAAUCGUGCAUGAUUAUAUGGAUGUUGACCGUUUUCAAUUCAUACGAACGCUUCAUAUACCAACUCUUCGAAUACGCUUGAACAACACCAAAGAUCCAUUCUCUUGUCCUUUGAUUAUGGCUAUUUGCGUCAGCAUGGUAGCGAGCGGAUUAUCAUGUAAACAGAGUACACCCAUUGAACGACGUAUGCUUGCGGAUUUCUUCUAUGACAAAUGCCAUGAUGCUCUCUUUGACAUCUUCGAUGACCCAACUCGACAACUCGACACCGUAGCAACAAUACCUCUGCUUUUUCAUUAUCUCAUCAUGGUUCGUCUUCAAUUCAAACAAGCCCGGCAUCUCGCAACCAUGGCUCUGCUUAUUAGCGAUGAAUUAGCGUUCUCUGAAGAGAAAAGGGGCUAUUUAUCACCAGUGGAACGAGUGAUGGUAGAUCGACAACGCUUUCAAUCAGCCUACUUGGUAUACAACCUACAAUUUAUCAUGGAUGGGAAACUCAAAGAAGAUGCCCUUGAGAGGACACCAUUUCAAGUGCGCUUUGAGGUCUUGGACGAUGAACCAGAAUAUGUGCAUCUCAUGAUCAAUGCCGCAAAUCAUACUUUGCGCUUGUUUACAACACAUUACAGCCUUCUUCUUCUCCAACAAAUGAAACGUUUAUAUGCAAGAAAAGAGACCGAUCUUGAUCCACACAUAUUCCUUCGCUAUGAGACAGUGGUGCGUGAAUGGUGGUCGAGCUUACCCGAUGAAUUAAGGCCGUGCAAAGAUCCUUUCUUAUUCCAAUCCAAUGACGUGGAUACUCUCCCCAAAGGAAGUUUCCGAACUUUACCUUUCGUUAUGGUGCACGUUAUGACAAUGAUGCUACACUCCGUGCUAUUGAAACCUCGAGAAUCAACGUCUGGAGGUAGUAGAGGCGAUUUCCUUGGCGUAUUGCGACAACAUGCACUAUCAAUGGCCAUGCGUUCCUGUGGCAUUUUAUUACACCUCUUUCGAUACGUUGAUCUUUUUAGAGAUAAUGGUGAUUCAUUGUCAUUCAUGUUCCUUGGACAAAUCAUCUACACUUUGUCCUGCAUCAAAUCAUGUUCCGAAGCACGGCUCACGCAGCAAUUGGAAGAAGAUUUCGAAAAGCUUUUCGAGCAAUUCGUUGCAUGUGUUCCUCCCGACCACAACAUCCCAUCCGACAUGUCACCUAUCACCACUGCUAUUUCCACAAACAUGGUAUCGCCCACGUUGGGUAUAUAUAAUGACUUUGCUCUAUCCGGCUAUGCGUUGUAUUACGACAUAUUGCGAUCAAGCGUGGCACAAUUGCAAACGAUUUCAUGA